AUGUCGCUCUCCUUUAUCGCGGGCACCCACGCCGCCCUGGCGCCGGGCAACUACACCCUGCGCCUGCCCGGCUUCCUGUCCGCCCGCGCCUGCUCGCACCCCUUCCCCAAGACGGUCACCCUGACCCCCGAGCUCACCCUCUCCGCCGGCACGGGGCUCCAGGUGUGGCAGCUGCAGCCGGUGGCGGCCGGAGUCACUGCCAUCAAGAACACCACUAAGGUUUAUCUCAAGGUGGGGCGCCCCGCCUGCGGCGGCAACUCCUACGCCACCUCCUUCCUCUCCUGCACCGGCCUGUCCCUAUCGGCGCCGGUCGCCGGCAGCGCGCGGCAGCAGUGGCUGGUGGAGGCCUGGGGCGCCACGUACCGCCUGCGUCCCGCCGCCUGCCCCGGGGUGUACCUCGGCUUCAGCAGCGCCGACUGCAGCAAGGCCACAGCGGCGCUGCUGUCGGUGGGCACAGGCAAGGCAGUGGCUUUCAGUUUCGCCAGGCAAGACGAGCCGGCGCCCAGCCCGCCGCCGCCCAGCCCCUCCCCCCCCACGCCCUCGCCCUCGCCCUCGCCGCCGCCGCCCUCCCCCCCGCCAGAGUCUCCCCCACCCACGGACGACGAUAGCAUUAAGCCGCCUGUCGUGCCGCCGGCCAAGGGAGUGACGGUGACUCUGGUCAAGAGCCAGGUGUGGGGCAACGGCGACCCUCGCGGCACGCCCUACAACACAUCUUUCGAGGCCAGCUUCUCCAUCAAGAACUCAAACGCCUUCUACAUCCUCAACUGGCGCCUGCACUUCAGCCUGGUGGGCUGGAGCAGCUUCACGUGGGGCCCCUCGGACACAGACCUCAAGUACGCGGGCACCAAGACCAAUGCGCAGGUGGUGCUGACUCCCAAGGAGUGGCUGCGGGAGAUCCCGCCGGGCACCACCCUGAGCAUCAGCUUUGGCGGCCAGGGCGUGGCGCCCUCGGCCAUCGUCUUUGAGCAGAUCCUGCCGCUGCUGGAUCCAGACCAUGACAUUUCCCUCAGCACGCGGGGCGCCUUCCCGCAAAAGCUCUUUGCCCCCUUUGUGGACGCCACCCUGUACCCCACGCCGCGCCUGCUGGAUGCCUACGAGGCCACUGGCCAGAAGUGGUUCACCCUGGCCUUCAUCACCGCUGACCUGCGCACCCGGGAGCCCGCCUGGGGCGGCGUCAUCCCGCUGUGGAAGCAGUACUUCAUGGACCAGAUCCGGGACAUCCGCCUGCUGGGUGGCGACUGCAUCGUGUCGUUCGGCGGCGCGGCGGGGCAGGAGCAGGCGCAGGUCCGUGUGGACGAGGACAUGCUGCUCAAGGACUACCAGACCAUAGUGGACCUGUACAAGCUGCGCUGGAUCGACUUUGACAUCGAGGGCGGCGCCGUGCUGGAGAUGGCCUCGGUGCAGCGCCGCCACCGCGUGCUCAAGCGCCUGCAGGACGCCAACCCAGGCCUCGUCGUCUCCUUCACGCUGCCCGUGCUGCCCGUCGGGCUGACCGCCGACGGCGUCAACCUGCUGCGGGAUGCCAAGGCCAAGGGCGUGCGCCUGGACGUGCUCAACAUCAUGACCAUGGACUAUGGCGACUCGGCGGCGCCAAACCCCAGAGGCCAGAUGGGCGACUAUGCCAUCCAGGCCGCCGUCAACACCCGCGCGCAGGCCCAGAGCGUGGGCUAUGACGACACCAAGAUCGGCAACACGCCCAUGAUUGGGCUGAACGAUGUGGAGUCUGAGAUUUUCUACCUGGAUGAUGCGCGCAAGGUCGGCGCCUGGGCCAAGGCCACCCCCUGGCUGCGGUGGACCGCCUUCUGGUCGGUGGGUCGCGACAAGUGGAACCCGGCGGAGACCUACGUCUCCAUCCACUCCUCCUCCAUCCCCCAGGAGCCGUUUGAGUUCACCCGGAUCUUCAAAUCCUUCGCCAGCUGA